CACCGCCUCAUGGGGAAGCAGGAGAAGAGAUCGGGUGAUGCAGAUGGAUCCUUCUCGUGAACGCCUAAGGCGGAUAGGAGGUGGGUGAGAAGGGAUCGGUAGCGAAUCGAUCGGGUAGAUCUAAGCCCUACCGAAUGGAGGAGGAGGUGGGUGAGAAGAGUCCUCGCAAGAAUCAGGAAGACAAGCCGGAAGGGGGCGGCGGCGGAGGAUGGGGCGGCUGGGGCAUCUCUUCUUUCUCCAUGUUCUCGGAUCUACAUAAGGCCGCGGAAGAGAUCUCCAAAAAUGCAGUUGAAGUGGUCAAGAAUGCGGCCAAAGGCAUCACUGAACUGGAGAUUGCGGAUUCUGAUUCUGAAUCGGCUGAUGAGGUUGCGAAGAAGGGACCCGAAGGGGGAGAAGUAGAAGAAAAGGAGGAGGAGGAGAGUGAGGAGGAUAGGCUUCGCAAGUCCGCGCUUGAUAAACUGGAGAAAGCCAGUGAGGAUUCUCUGUUCGGUCAGGGUCUCAAGGUGCUCGAUAGUUCAGUGGAAACUUUUGCUUCGGGAGCUUGGAGUGCAUUGGGUGGUGCUUGGAAAGGGGGUUCAACUCUGGUCAGCAGGUUGGAACAUUCUGCGGUGAGUCUAGCUGAUGCCAUUCAGCAUGGAAACCUUCCUGGCCAAACCCCAUCAAUUAUAGAGACCGGGAGGACUUUUACAACUAAGGGCAUGGAAGUGCUUGAGCGGGUUGGAAAAGAAGCCAUAGAGUUGCUCAUUGCAGAGACUGGUCUUGAAGUUGAGAAAGAUCCUGGUGAGGUCGACCCUCAAGAUGAUGAGGAGCAGUUUGAGGAAGUUACAUUUGACAGGUGCUUUUACAUUUAUGGAGGUCCUGAUCUGCUCGAGGAAUUGGAAGCAUUGUCAAGCCAUCAUGCGUUGUUAUUUAACAGGAAAAAGGCAAAACUUUUGGCAGAACAGAAAUCUCUCUAUGACGCUAAACUGCAACAGAUCCAGCAAAUCUUCAGUCUGGGCACUGAUGUUGAAGAAAAUGAAGUAGAUUCAGAUAAAGGAAAGAAUAUCGAGUCAUUAGGUGGUGACAAUGAUGUUGAAAUGAUAAGGUUGCGUGACUCAAGUGUCAGGAGGGCUGCUGAAAUUGCUUCAGGGUUCACAUCCGCUCUCGGGGGACUCUCUGCAAAUGAUACAAUUCAACGAGCUACUGAUAGACUCGAGACAAUUCACUCAGAGUGUAUCCAUAGACUGUCAGAACUCUGUUGUUCUGCAGUAUCUCAACUUCUUUUUCUUGGAAAAUCGGUCAUCUCUAGUGCAAACAAAGGAAGGAGUGAAGAGAUAGACGGAGAUAUCCCAAAGAUUGAUUGGCCUGAAGACCCUCUCUCCAAAGCUAAGAUUAUCAGAUACAAGGCCAAGUCCAUGUCUGCAGACAUGGAAACAAUUUCAAAAAGUUUUAUCACAGGAACCUCAGACAUAGUAGAAGCUUUCUUGGCAACCAUACAAAGUGUUUCUUCUGAUAAACAAGACGGUGUCCCACGCGCUGUGGUACAGGAAAAGGCAAAUGCUAUUACGGACCAUCUUCGAGCUGAUGGAACCAGUGCUGUCGAGAAGAUUCAGGAUGCUGUGCAGUUCCUGGCGUAUGUACUUCUCUCUACAUCCAUGCCAACCGUAUGAUAUUAUUCCUCACACUGGCGUAUGUGGUUCUCUAUUGAUGUCUCUGUACAUGGUUUAGUUAGCCACAAUGGAGUCAGUUGGAUUCCUCAUACUGACUGGCUUCCAGUUGUAGAUUAUGCUUCUGCAUGGUUUUGUCGUUCUUUAAAUCUUGUUAUGGUUUGUGAUUGUUGCGCUAGAUGAUUUGUUUGAGACAAACUCAUGAAGAGAUAUGGUCUAUAUAUUGAUCUCAUAUGGUGGAUUA